AUGGCUGAUAUUCAGGCGAAGUAUCAGAAACUUGCGACGGAAUAUGCUAAGAUCCGGUCACAAUUGCCAGUUUUGAAGGCUGCUGUUGUUGAUGGACAAAAGAAGGAGGAUCACUUGAAGGAAGGCAUAAAAGAGAAAGAAAAGUCGAUCCGUAAGUUUGAACAGGAAAUUGAUAGUUUAACAUUCCGUAACCAGCAAUUAUCUUCGCGCGUCACAAUCCUGCAAGAUGAGCUUAAUGAUGCACAGUUAAAGCAACGGAAAAACAAGCAAGUUAACACAAGUCCCGCUCAUGAACCAGUGACCAAUAACAGCAAUAGUGAUGUCAUAGGGGAAGAGUUACAGAACAAAAUUGAAGAAAAUGCAAGACUUCAUAAGCAAGUAUAUGAAGCUGAACAGAAACACAGUCAGACAGUAUUCCAACUGCAAGACAGAUUAGACGUACUAGAAAGGGAGAAAAAUCAACAUGAGCAAAUACUCAACAAUGCAGUCUCAAAGAACAAAAACCAAAUUGAGAAAUUACAGAAUGAAAAGGCCUUACUGGAGGUUCAACUUCAGAAGCAAGAUAAAGAUGUCAAAGAUGCCAAAACAAGGGCUGAGCAAGCGGAGUCUGAGUUGCACAAAAUACAAAAUGAACUAACUUCAAAGUUGGAUGAGGCUACAAAAGUAAUUAAAGAUAAAAUAGCAUUUAAUGAUACUAAAAAUCGUGACUUUAACGCAUUAAAUAUUCCCACCCAUGAUAGAAAGCACCAAUUAAAAACAAGAGAAAUCGUCACCCAGGCCGGCUCCUUGGUUAAAGAAUUUGUACAAUCCAUGAUGAACUUCCACGCAUAUACUGAGCAACGGUCACAAAUAUACCCCAAUGACAGUUCUAAGGAACCUUUAAGUGCAGUAAAUAAAAAGUUUUGCCAAUACUUACAUGAAAGUGCUAGCUUUCUCCGACCAGUGCAACAGAAAUAUGUCGCCUUCCAAGAAAGUUUAAAAGAUGAUGCACUAACAACAUUGGCAACAGCUACAGGGCUUCAAGACUUUGCUUCUGAGUAUCAACGUUAUGUGAAGUAUUCCAAUAAGAUAUUACCAUAUCAGUUACUUAGUAUUGAUGAGGAGUGUUCAUUGUCGAGCUGUUCGACCACCCUGGAGGCCAAGAAUAGGCUGCUCUACCAGUCUUUACAGGCUCUUCAUGCCUCUCUUGAUCAUGUAGGAACAUAUGUCAGCCUAAUAGCAGAGCAAAGUAAAAAAGGUAGUGACCAUCCAAGAUGUAACCACAGUGCAAUGUUCAGUAAGCUCUCCAGUGCAGUAACACACCUUCAUGAGGUUAUUAAAGAUGUCUCAAAACAUUACAAUGCCAAAGUUACCCAAGAGCACCAGUUACCAACUGCCACUCAAAAGUUGAAGACGACAGAUGAAUGCGUCGUGUCGUCUCUUGUUUCAUUGGUUGCAUGCACUGGAAAGUUUUCCACAUUCCUGACCAAUAACAUUGAGUUCUUCAGUGCUUCGGUUGGCUAUAGGACCAGAGGAAGCAGCGUAUCAACUGACCAAUCAACAGACGGCCCAGCAUGUAAUCCAGCAGUAUCAGGAUUCCGUCAGAGGGCAGCUAAUUAUAUAACAUCUCUGAAUAAGCCAUGUCCAGACUCUGUCCCAUACAAAGUGGCAAUACAGAACCGAAGAACAUUGUUUAGUUCCACUGAAAGCAGAGAGAGUCUGGCUCAACAGGUUUCUGAGUUCCAAGAUAAGGUUUCCCAAAUCGAACAAGAGAAAGAACACUGGAUGCUGGAGUCACAGCUACUAAAGAUCAAACAUGAAAAAGAGGUGGAUAAAGUCGCUCAACUCGAACAGGAUUAUAAAAAACUUCAAGCUAGAUUAACAGGGUCUAUAGAGGACAAUUUGGAUGUAAUACCCGAGGCAGCCAAGUCUCCUGUCUCCCCUGGUGCUCCAAUACAGAUAGACACUUCCAUGCUAGGCCGACUUGACUCUGGACCAAGAGGUAGAAGUUCCACGUCUGAUAUGGACAGUCGAGAACAACUCAUCAAAGACCAUUUUACACAAAGAAUACAACAACUCACCUCUCAGCUUCAAGUUGCAGAUAGUAAAGCUGUUAAUUUUUACGCAGAGUGUCGAGCCUUGCACAAAAGAUUGAAUAUUGAAGAGAAGUCUAAGAAGAAAUUACAGGAAGAAGCUAAUGCUCACAGUCAGACCAUCAUUCAACUGAAGGAUGACCUACAGACAACUACAAAGAGCUAUGAGUCGCAACUUAGUAUGAUGAGUGAACAUCUAGCCGGGAUGAAUGAAAAGCUGGCCAAUCAGAAAGAUGAGAUAGAUUCUUUAAGGUUGCAACUUAACCAGAAGCCUGUAAAGAAGGGCAAGAAAAAAUAACACGAUGAACUGAAGAAGGACUGAAUAAAUUGUUGAAAAAGUAAUAAAAUUAUUCGCUAUGGUCAUGAAAAUAGGAACAAAAAUAUAAUAAUGUAUGACACUGAUAUAAUAUUCAGACUGUGUCUUAAAAUCAGCUGCCACAUUGCCAGUAGUGAACCUGAGUUGUCCUAAAUCCAUUCCUGUUGCCAUGGAAACCAUGAUGUCAUAAUCAGAGCAUCCGUAUAGAUUCAUUAUCAAGCUGAAUCAUUCCUCACUUCCAAGGUGGGGCGUAUUGGAUUGGCAAACUGGCCUUUUAAAGGAACAUUAAUUGACGCUAUACCAAGCAAUUUUACUUUAUUUUGAUUUCAAAAAUAUAUUAACACAUAUACUCAUAUGUGUCUAUUGUAUGUGAACCUUAUACUAAUUGACCCAUAAUGAUGAAAUCCACUGAAAGCCAUUGAAUUGCAAUUUCGGGAAACAACCGCCAGCUUGAGGCCAUCUGUUAUUUUCAUCAUACCCAUAAUCCUUUGCACAUUAAAAGCAGACGUUUGAUGACAAUUCUACCUUCUUUGAUCCUGAUGUGCAAAGGGUUAUGGUCAAUUUAAAAAUGGUGGAUGGAAACAUUUCUCAAGGUUGGGGUCAGUAACACAUACCCUAAAGUUGUUUCAAUCAAGAAUCUGAAACAGUUGUGUUAUUUAAAGUUAUUUUCAAAUUGGUUUCAAUUACACAAUAUUCAAACUGAUUUUCUAAUUUUUGAACAUAAUGAUGUGCAAUAACAGAAGAAACUAAUUUUGACUAACUGUAAUGUGAAUGUGACUGUUUGUAUUUGAUAAUGUAAUUACAGUAUAUUGAAUAAUUUAAAAUAAAGGGAAG